CCCUAACGCCUACUAUUGUUUGUGAACACUUCGCAUCGUUUUGGUGGCGUCAAUUUAGCAUUUCAAGACCUCUUUGGCCCAACGUUUUUGGUUUCAGGAAAUAACAAGAAGAUCAAAGCCGAGAGCACAGUGGUCAGUGCAUGGAGAGCAAGAUGGAUCGCCGCAAGAAGCGCACGUCCUCGGACCAGUAUCAGAUGUACAUCGAUAUGAUGGAGAGCGACCCAAUUUUUGCCACCGGGCGAGUGCCGCGCGAUUACGACCUGAAUUAUCUCACAAAGAAGUGGAAGGAGCUCUCCGACAGGCUAAACAAGUGCGGCUCAGGGCCCACACUCACGCCGGAGGAGUGGCGCAAGCGCCUAAAUGACUGGAAGAACACCACGCGCUGCAAGUACAGACGCAGCCUGCUCUCCACCGAGAAGGAUAUAUCAAUGACCUCGCUGGAAUCCCGAGCUUUGGAUCUCUUUGGCAAAGUGCCCACCGUCACUGGCGAGACGGUGAUGAAUUUAAAGUCGGAAAAAGACGAUCACGAUGACGAUCUAGAGGAGAUGGGUCAGCGAACAUCGGCGGCUUUCCAAAAGGAAUUGCAAGCAGCCGUUGAGGAGGCCAUCAACGAGGAGGUGGAGGACGAGGAGAUGCUUGAAGAGCACGUCGACCAGGAGGAUAUGCUCGAUGAGAGUCUGGCGGACAACGGAGGUGGCGGCGGAGGCGGCAUUGAUGGCUCUGCCGCGGCCACCACGGCAGUAAAUACGGGCGGCGGAACCUAUCGCACCAUUGUCGUGGACAACACAUCCUUCGAGCAGGUGGAUGAGGAGCCUCAGGCCAUGCAACCGCAUCCGGUGGAGUUUGUUACAUCCAGGCGGUCGGCGGCAGCGGUUAUCAGUCCUGGUACCGGCAAUAAACUAAUCAAUGGCGAAAUGCCCGUCAAAAGAAUGAGGACACAGGCCCGAAAUCAGAUUAUCUAUGAAGUUAAAAACGCUCCGCGCUGUGUUACCAACAUGCAAGCAGUGCCGCCGCUGCACACUACCAAGGUGGAGAGGGAACCCAGCGCCCAGCUGAGCACUGCCUUGAGCAGCAACGAUGCCCAGCAAAUUGCCCAUCAGCUAAAGCGGCUGGCCGACAUUAACUAUGAAACCCUGCAGUUUGAGAUAGCGCGCUUCAAGUUUAACAAUCCUGGCUUCCAGUACAAUCCGCCGUCCUUAUAGUGCACCAUCGGUAGCAGGUCUCAGCUCCACAACCGGCAGAAGCAGGAGCAGCAUCAGCAGCAGCAGCAGUAGCAGUAGCACAAGGAUCAGUUUUAGCAAUUAGUGAAAGAAACCGAAGGGAACGAGUCAAGUCAACUCGAAUUGUAUAAAUCUGUCGUCGCCUGAGGACAGAAAUCAUAACUUAUAAUAUUAGCCAGUUUUAGUUUAAAAUUAAUUUAAAUUUGUAUUCAUUUCUCUUUUGCAAGAAACACACCACUUUUAUUCUAUCGUAAUAUCCCAUAAUGUCUAAGCUCUAAAUGUGUAAUAAUACCCAAAACAAAAGUCAACUCAAAUUGGACAAGUAAUUUUAAACGCGCGUUGUAUGUAAAUGUAAAGAAUAAAGUUUACCAAUGAUAAA